GACCAGACACGUGUCCUCGUCCUCCGAUGGCGUCUUCCGUCCCCGUCCAGGUCCUGGUCCUGGUUCUGGUCCUGGUCCCCGCCGGCUCCCAGAGUCCUCCCCGGAUCUCCUUCCUGCUCGGGUCCCCGGACCGGCCCCUGUUCCACUUCAGCCUCCCCGGCCUCCACAACUCCACCACGCUGCUGCUCAGCGCCGACGGGGAAACGCUGUACGUCGGGGCGAGGGACGCCGUGCUGGAGCUGGACGUCAGCAGUGAUGUCAUCAGCCUGAGGAGGAAGGUCCAGUGGAGUCCGACGGCCGAGGAAAAGAAACUCUGCAGCGACAAGGGGAAGGACCCGACCGUGGACUGCACCAACUUCAUCCACGUGCUGCAGCAGAUCAACUCCACCCACCUGUACGCCUGCGGGAGCCACGCCUUCAACCCCAGACACGCCUUCAUCGACCUGGAGCGCUUCUCCGUGGAGGGACAGGCGGUUGCCAAAGGUCGCUGUCCGUUCAGCCCUUUCCAGAGGAGCGUCGCCGCCACCAUCGAUGGAGAAAUGUUCUCCGCCUCGUCCACCGACUUCUUCGGGGCCAAACCUCAGAUUUCUAGAUUCUUCAGCAAAGACGGACGUCCAGACGUUGGACUGGAGUCCGGGGCCAGCCUGCUGGAGGAGCCGGAGUUCGUCAGCUCGUCUCUGGACGCGGCGGAGAGGAAGCUCUACUUGUUCUUCAGCGAGGUGGGGAAGGAGUUCAGCUUCGUGGACGAGCUGCGGGUCGGCCGCGUGGCCCAGGUCUGCAAGGACGACGUGGGCGGCGAGCGGACGCUGCAGAAGAGAUGGACGUCCUUCUCCAAGGCCCCGCUGCUCUGCCGGCCCCCCGGGCGGCUGCCCUUCAGCCUCCUGCAGGACGUGUUCACCCUCCCGCCUGCAGGGGGCGACACCGACGACCACACGCUGUUCUACGGAGUCUUCACCUCCCAGUGGUCUGCACAGCCGGAGUCGGCCGUCUGCGUCUUCCGGCUGCAGGACGUCCGGGACGUCUUCAGGGGGAACUACAGGACGCUGGACGUCAACACCCACCAGUGGAGCCAGCUGCGGGAGCCACGCCCCUUCCUGGGACAGUGCGGUCUGUCCUCGUCCCCGGACAGCGUCCUGAUGCAGGUCAAGUCCUCCUUCCUGACCUCCGGCAGCGUGAGGCCCGCCGGCACCGGCACCGGCACCGGGCCGGCCGCCGUGUUUCCGGGGCAACGGUACACCCGCGUGGCGGCCAUGAGGACGACGGCGGCCGACGGGGGACGAUACACGGUCCUGUUCCUGCUGACAGAGUCCGGGUUCCUGCACAAGGCGGUUCCGUCUGAUCGGGGUCUCCGGGUCGUUGAGGAGAUCCAGGUGUUUACAGAACCUCAGCUGGCCAAGAGUCUGGUUCUGUCCCCGUCCAAGGGCGUGGUUCUGGUGGGCCUGUCCUCCGGCGUGACGGCGGUACCGCUGGCCCGCUGCUCCGUCUACCGGACCUGUGGUCAGUGUCUGCUGGCCCGGGACCCGCUGUGUGGCUGGAGCCGGACCCGGGGGACCUGCAGCGGCCUGGAGCCCGGUUCUGAUGACACGAUCCAGAACCUGGACGACGGCAGCGUGGCGGAGAAAUGUGCUGGCGAGGACGAGGACGUCCCGCCCCAAGACAUCACCGUUGCCCCCGGCGACGCGGUGACGCUGCCGUGUCCCAGACCGUCCCGGCUGGCCGUGCUGAGCUGGACCUGGUCCCGGGACGGGGACCAGGUCCAGGUCCAGGUCCAGGACCAGGACCGGGUCCUGCCGGGCCGGCGGUUCCUGGUCCGGCCCGACGGCGGCCUGAGCUUCCUGGCGGCGGCGGAGACGGCGUCGGCCUCGUACCGCUGCGGCGCCGAGGAGGACGGGUUCAGCUGGCCGGUGGCCCGGUACCGGGUCGGGCUGAGGGCCGGGCCGCGGGCCCCCGGAGGCCUGGGGGGCCCGGACCCGGUCCCAGACCCGGUCCCAGACCCGGUCCCGGUCCCGAGGGUCGCCGUGACGACAGUCCCGCCGGCUACGGCCAAGGGGUCCAACAUAAGGGGCCGGACCCGGAACAUCCAGGAGGACCAGAACCGGGACCCGGGUCUGCAGGGGCCCGCGGCCCCCCCCCGCCCACACGGACGGAGGCUCCGCCCCCCAGCUGUCCGGGGGGCGGAGCUACCACGGGGAGCUGGUUCUGGUGUCGCUCCUGCUGGCCGCCUGCCUGCUGGUUCUGGUCUCCGGGUCCGUCCUGGUCUGGAGACGCAGCAGAACCGGGACCAAGGUGCAGGAGGACUGCAGCAAGACCAGCAUGGAGAUCUGCUCCCUGACCCCCCCGUAGGGCCCGGGGGGGGCCGGGGGGCCCGGGGGCCGGUACCGACCCGUACAGACCCGAAUUCAUCUGCCGGGGUCUCCACCGUCGCCAUGGCGACCGCCACUACCUCCGUCACCAAAGUGGGCGGAGUCACGAUCGUGACGCAGUUCAUCCCCGGAGAUGACUCCUCCCCCUCCAUUCCGCUGCAGAGCCCCGCCUCCCCUUCACCCGAGGCCACGCCCCCUCCCCUGAAGGCCCCGCCCACUCCCACCAGGACGGAGAAGAAGGCGGCCAUUUUCCUCCGGGGGGAACCGCAGGCCCUGGGGGUGGUCCAGGUCUUCGUGGGGCUGCUGGGAGUUCUGUUCAGCCUGACCGCCGCCUACUCGCCGGCGCUGAUCCGCUACGCCCCGCUGGCCUCGGCCGCCGCCUUCCUGGUCUCCGGGUCUCUGGCCGUGGCUGCAGGCAGACGGACCUCAGUGGUUCUGGUGUGGGCGUCGCUGCUCUCCAACGUGUCCAGCGUGCUGGUGGCCCUGGGGGGCGUGGCCUACCUGUGCUGCCUGCUAGGCUCCGCCCCCGCCGCCCAGGUGUUGUGUGGGCCCCACUCCCCCAACCCGGAGGAAGACAAGUGGACGAAGCUCUGCAUGGGCCUGCUGGGGCCGCUGAACGUGGUUCUGUACGGGAUCCUGGGCCUCCUGCUGGUCCUGUUCCUCCUGCAGGUCGCCGUCGCCGCCGCCGUCUGCGUCUUCUCUGGGAAGGUGAUCCGGCGCUACCGGCGCUACCGACCCGUCCAGGUGGAGGCUGAUGAUGUCAGCAGGCUGCUGACCUCUGCACCUGGAUCACCUGAUCACCUGAUCACCGGUUGA